AUGACGGCAGAGCUCAUUGAAGAAGCUUCAUGGGGCAACUUCUCGGAUGAUGCCAGGCUUGGAGAGGAAAGUCCUGUCACAGGAGUCUUGGGCACAGUCCUCAUCAUUAUGUUUCUGGUUGGGAUGGUAGGGAAUAUUUAUGCACUGGUGGUGGCAUUUAGUGGCCUGUCUGGUCGCUCCACUGGAUCUUUGUGUGUGUACAUAAUCAACUUGGCCUUGGCUGACUUACUCUACCUUUCCACCAUUCCCUUUGUGGUCUGCACAUAUUUUGCUCACAACUGGUUCUUUGGGGAUUUGGGCUGCAGGAUUUUGCUCAGUUUGGACCUGCUCACCAUGCAUGCUAGCAUCUUCUUGCUUACCACCAUGAGCUUGGAGCGUUACUGGGCAGUGACUAGGCCGCUGAGGGCCAGAUGGGCUGGAAAGAGAUACCGCAAGCUUGCCAGUGUAGCUGUAUGGCUCCUCUCAUUGUUGCUUACUGUACCCAUGAUGGUUAUGAUCCAGCAGCGGGAAGGCAUCAGCCACAAACAUAUCUGCUUUCCCACAUGGACUCCUGAUGCUUUUCGAGUUUACCUCACAAUUCUGUUCAGUACAAGCAUCCUCGGGCCUGGUCUGGUCUUGGGCAUAGUGUAUUCCUGCCUUGCCCAGGCCUAUUGGACCUCCAUGAAAGUCAUGCAGCCACGAGUGGUGGGCAGGGUCUUGAAACAGAAACUGUUCUCCAGGAUCUUCAGCAUCAUCGUAGCCUACUGGGCCUGCUUUGUACCAUUCUGGGCCUGGCAACUAGCCAAGUUGUACUGGUCUGAGGAUUUGGAGAUCGGCCCUACUGCUCAGGCUUACCUCAACUUCGGCGUGACCUGCUUGACCUAUGGUAACAGCUGUAUCAAUCCAUUCCUUUAUACCCUGCUCACCAGGAACUACCAUGAGUACAUGGCAGCCCGUGGAGGGGAAAGGCAGGGAGGAGGGCAGGUUCUCUUCAGAAGGAGGAAGUAUGAAAAGUCCCAAGCAGAAGGCACAAAGGCUAUGUGGCUCAAAGGCUAUGUUGGCACAAGGAGGAAUGUUUAA